ACAUCUACCUCCCUAAAUCCCGCUCGCUAUACUUCAAGAUCUUCGAAUUGCGGACCCACGAAGCCUCUGAAGCUCUGUCACGGAUGCGGUCCUUUUUUAAAAGGCCCUCUUGGGCCAACACCGGUGAUGGUGAAACGCCGCAUGAAUUUUAUCGCAGAGCUGAUCAAACAUAUGAAGACAUUGUGGCCGCCAGCCGGGAGGCUCGGAUUCGGUCUAUCAAUCUUGAUUGUGCCUCUUCCCCGCAAGAUAGAAAGGCAAGUAGGAGCCAGUACAUGUCUGAUAAUGAUCAUCCUGGAGAUGUGGCGUUUUCGAUCUCACCUGAAAACAACCAAGUCGCAAACCGCCAAGUCAAUGAGCCUAUUCCCGGAGUUACCAGCCAAAGCGAAUCCAGUGAGGACAAAGCCCGUAGAAGCUCCUCAAUCAAGGUACCCAGACCAAGUGAUAUGCGCGUGACCGCCAUUUUGUCAACAGAGACUGCGAAGACACCCCGAAAUCAAACGCCACCUCAAGGUCCUUGUGCCGUGGACACUCCCGUUCGAUCACCAAGCAACACCUGGCAGGAUGAAUCGCUCGCAAGACAUACUCAUGAACAUGAGCAGGACAGUGAAGAUGAUUGUUCUCCCCAAUUUGAUAUCAACACCGGCCAGCGCCACGAGGAUUCGACAGUCCAAAUUCUCGUAUCCUCAAACAUCGCAAAUACAAAGUCGCUUGUCAUCAAACGAAAGAUGCACCAGCCGUUAAAAGAUGUCCGUCUAGCAUGGUGCGAACACCAGAAUCUACCACAAGAACUUUAUCGCUUUGUGCUUUUGACAUGGAAAGGCCGAAGACUAUUCGAUGUUACAACGUGCAAAAGCCUAGGGCGUCAUGCAAAUACGGAUCUUCGAACCUCCACAUUCCGCGACGCUCAUUUGGAUGAUUGUGGCGGCAUCUAUAUCCAUAUGGAAGCCGUCAUGGACGAUCGAGUCUCCAAUGAUUCGUUAGCAUCACUUAGGCUUUUACCAGGACAGCAUCUGAAGGACCCUCCGAAUCUUGACGAUACGAUUGAGUGUCGUUCAUUUAAACUUGUCCUCAAGUGUCCUGGUUAUGCAAAUUACCAAAUUUAUGCUAGUCCACAGACGCCGAUAUCUCAGUUGGUAGCAGCCUACCGUGACACACACGCAAUUCGUGCAGAGCAGAAUGUAUAUCUCAUCUUUGACGGUGAUUGCCUAGACCCCCAUUCCUGCGCUGCAGACCAUGAUAUGACAGACGAUGACUUGGUGGAUGUUAUCAUCAAAUAAAUCAUUUCUAUGAAGCAAACAUGCGCCUACUUUC